AGAAAGACGACGAGAAGGAGGAAGUAGACACGUUUUUAGUCAGCCACAUUACGGCCUUGUGCGUCGUGAAAAGGCGCUUCUUUGGUUGCGGAGGCCCGUGGAACUACUGAGAUAGCUGGUUAGUAGCGUCGGUUUUAGCUUGGUUUAAUGGUCUGGGUUAUGUAAAAACAUAAUUCAGGACGAGAUAUCAUUUCCGGAUAUUAGCUCAACCCAGGCUGUCGGUCGAUGUGCGUCACACAAAGCGGAGACCGCGUCCUGUCCGUGUGAGGGAGCCAUAUUGGGCCAGCCGCUAAUUCCCCGCGUUUAACGGUUUCUCUCCGCAGCUGAUCUCGUCUAGAUAACAUCGGAGGUGUUCAGCGAGAUCGAGAUGUCGGCGGAUGAUUUUCAGUCCAAGUAUGCCUCCGUCAUGGAGAGCAUGUUGAAGCGCGCCAUCGCCGAGACCACGAAACUUUUUGAAAACAUGGUGGACGAGCUGAAGGCAGAGAUAUCCGUAAUCAAGAAGGAGAACGAGGACCUGAAAACAAAAUGCAUCCAGUACGAGUCUGCCAAGAACAAACCGGAGGCUCAGCCAGUAGAGGUCCCCCCCAUCGCAGAACCCCCCGAUGCUUCUGAGAAAUGCGACACUGCUAUACAGUGUGAUCUUGUUCCCUGCCGAACAAUUCUGGUGGAGGAAUGUGAACCAAUAAGCCACAAAGAACUGGAAAGGCAAGAUCUUCAACACAGCUAUGGUUUGAACAACUACAGUUUACAGGAGCACAAUUACGUCAGUUAUAGAGACAGAACUUCUCCGAUGGAAUAUGUAGUUCUUAAGAAAGAGUCUGAAUUGAAGCAAGAGGAUGACUGUGAGGUGGCGUGUGGACAAGUCUUGGGUACAUUUGGGGCUUCUGCUGGUGAAGCUGAAAUUGGAGGACCACAUAUAACUGAUAGUUCCAUUGAACAUAUAAAAGUACUUAAAAAAAGUACUCAGCUGGUUCUACAAUUACCACGCUCAGAAGCUGAAAAUGCACAGUUGGCCCAGAACCAGUCUACUGACAUUAAGCGUUCCUUGGCUAUUUCACCUGAAGAUGCUCUAAGAGAUGUAAUUAAGGAAGAGUCUGAAAUGGUGGAAGUGGCAGAACGCGUACUCUCUGGCAACAAAAGAAGGGUUCCUAGCACAUGUCACAUUGACAGUGCAACAACACAAAAUGAAAAAACUGCUUUAAAGUCUGCGUCAGUCAGCACACAAAAGGCAGGUGAGGAAUUAAACAAUACAGUCCCAGAAGGUAAAGCUAUAUCCAAGCCCAAUUCCUUAUUGGGUCGCAAAAGAGGACGGCCACCAAAGAAAAGCAGGCAAAAACAAGCUCUUCCUCCAUCGGCUGAUGAAGGUACAAAACACCAGGCAGACUCAAAGGCUCCGCCACCAGGAAAGGAGUUAACAGAGUCAUCGCUUGCUUUGGUGACAGAGACUUCAUCUGGCAUCAAUCCAUCUAUCCAGAAGGGUGUAAAUACUGUUUUGGAAGGCAACAAUGUAGAAUUUCAAUCUUUGAGUAGCAGCCUUUCCUCCGUGGAGCAACCCACCCUUGAAGUGCAAGACCGUUGCCCUGAAGUGGAAAUGGAUGCAACAGCAGAUAAAACACCAGAUGUGUCAUCGUGUGUGCCACCAGAAGCAUCUAAAGGCUUGCUCAAAGCUUGUCAGACUUCGGUUAGCCUCCAGGAUGCUUUGCUGCUCGUUGAAGCCAUGAAUCAGUCGACUAUGGAAAGCGACGCUCCCUCUCUAAAAGUCCCAUCACAACCUCAGAUAGAGUCCAGUUCUGCUUCCUCUUUGGUUUCCUUAAAAUCAGUUCCUGAGAUCCCAACAGUGCAACACACGGCUCCUGUUGAAACUCAAACCGUGUCAGCUGAAAUGUCAUCCGUCUCUGCCGACUCAAAAGCUACAAGUUCAUCUAAAGACACGAACCUUAAACAGGUUGUUGUCAUGUUACAACAAGUUCCCCCUGUUAAUUGUGCUGCAUCCCCAGCACCUUUGUCAUCAACUUGUGCAACUCAGACUGUCAUACAGUCACUUCCGCUUCCUCACAUCAGUAAGUCAGCACCCAAUAAGAGACCUCGGACAAUAAUUAUUCUCCCAAGAUCUUCUCCUGCAUGUGAUAAUGCCAAAACAAGCUCUCAAACACAACGUUCUUCAGUUAACUCAGCAACUUUGAACAAAAGUAAUCUACCUCAUUCGUCUGCAGGAGCAGAAACGGCAUUACCUCCAGAUGCACCUGUCCCUUCCCCGGUUCCCAGUAAAACUAUUAAAAUUGUCUACAAGAAACCAGAUCCUGUCCUUCCUAUAGAAUCAAGCACCAUCUUAACUGAUCAUCAGUAUGUGGCACCCAAAACAAUAACUAUUGUUUCAAAACAGAUACCAUCUGUGGUCCCCAGAAAAACUGAGCCUGUUGUUCUCGCAGUAAAGAAGGAUAACAACGAACCAGUAGCUUCGGUUCCUCCAGAAUCAUCAACUCAGUUGAUUUCUGAGUUACAAGAAUCAAGUUCAUCUUUUUCAGGUGAUUCAACAUUACCUGAAAAAACAAAUGAUGCAGAUGAUGACCUCAACUCUCCUGGACAAAUUAUCCCUGAUGCUGAAAGUAUGAUAGCUCCCAGCCAAGAACAUUCAGGUUCAGAAUUCCCAGCUGACCGAAUACAGCCACCAGUGGCUUCAUCUUUAUGCCAAACCACUGAGCCCACACUCCAUGCGGUGGUCAGAUUAACUCGUCUCCCAUUUUCCAUUUCAACCAAAGAAUCAGUUUUAAUCUCAACGCUGAUAUCAAAAGGUGUCAUACAAGAAGAGUCGUUGUUUGCUCAUGCCCAAGAAGAGUCACCUGUCGACUUCUGUCUAGACUCACCAGGCCCCAGUACUGUAGAUGAACUAACUCCUGAUUUGAAGGAGGACAUUUUAUCCAGUGAUAUGGAAUACAAAGAAGAAGAUGUAACCAGAACACACAAUGAUACAUCUGACCCUCACGAUCAAAUAAGUAAAACUCUGUUUCCGGCCAAACCCUCUGGAUCACCAUUGGAAAAUGAGCCCACCAUUAAUGAACGUUCAAAUGCAAAAGGAGCCAAAUCCAUUGUCUCCCGUCUACGAAGUCAUCUACAGGCUCAUUUGAAAGCAAAAAGAGGUUCAAUCAAACAAAUUGCAGCAAAUGAUUCUACCCCUAUAAGAUCACAACUGAGUCCACUGAGUCCUAAGAGGUUAACCAAAUUAGAUUUUAAUCCUGAAAAGACUAAAUCUAUUGCAGAUGAAAAAGGCUCUGACCUUGAGAUGUCUGGCAUCCCAAGUCUCUCCACUUCACCUAAAUCCAAACCCAAGACAAAACAAAUGAAAAGAAAAUCCAGUUCUUUCAGUCAUAGGAGUUGUAGCUUGACAGACGGGUCUAUACGUGAAACAACUAGGAGUGAACACGAACUCCCCAGUCCCAAGCGUGUUAAAAUGGCAAAGAAUCACACCAGUCCACAAACGGAUGAAGAAUACACUCCUCAGAAACCCAGACAAGUUAAAGGGCAUCGUGGUCGGAAAUCAAAUCAUAAAGUCGCAAAUAACAAAAAAUUAACCAGUGCAGCUAAAUGCAGUAGUAGGGUUGGGAAGAAAAGAGGUACCUAUAAGAAAAGGAAACUGGUGUUGCCAGUGAUUGAGUCAGGAGUUAAAAAGAAGUGGCACGCUAAAGUGUGGUAUCCUCCUACACUGCCACCCAAUGAAAAACCUAUAACGGAUAUAAUAAGACCACCACCUCUGAAGGUAGAAUACAGAAUUCCUGACAUACCCUUAAGUGCGCCAGCUAUUGUAUCGCCUUUACAGCCAUUGGCUGUCAUUGGCAGACAUCUGCUAAGGAACCAGUGCGGGGAAUGUGGUCGUGUUUUUAGCAACAGCAAUGCACUUGAAAGCCAUGUUAGUCUCCACAAAAUAUACCGGCCUUUCUCCUGCAAGCUCUGUGGAAAGUACUUUCCGGACGCCAAGACUUUUAAACGGCACGAUCGGGUGCAUCGCAACGGCCGUAUCCACGUCUGCCAGCAAUGCGGCAGGGGCUUCGUUUACCGGUUCAGUCUCGGCAAACACAUUCAGAUGGUCCAUAGCAGGAUCAGACCUUUUAUCUGCCAGGUAUGUGGCAACGGUUUUUACACAAAGCGUGAUGUAGAAAUCCACAUACGGAUCCACACAGGAGAGAAACCUUUCCAAUGCCACAUCUGUGAAAGGAGGUUUACAAGGAAAGUCGAGUUAAAUGUACAUUUGCGGUGGCAUAAUGGAGAAAAGAGACACUGGUGUCAGUAUUGUGGAAAAGGUUUUUUAGAUUACAAUAACCUGAAAAGACACAGAUAUACCCACACUGGGGAGAAACCAUGUUCCUGUCCACAUUGCCCCAAGAGUUUCACUCAGACUGGUCACCUCAAAAAGCAUAUUACAUCUAUGCAUAAAGAUGUCAUAGGAAUAGAUUAGAAAGAACACCGGUUGCCACUCUUCCUCUCAGUACAGUAGUGAUUUGUAUAGAAGUGAAUAUGAUAAUUAUUUUCCAUGUUGGGUUAGUGAGGACAUUGUUUUUCCCUCAUUUUAGUUUUAAGUUAGUAAAGAUAAUGUUAUGUUUACAAACUUUACCGCUUUAGGAACUGACUUUAUCUUCCUUUCAAAAAGGAAAUGAAGAUACAAGUAUCUCGUUUAUGCAUAUGAUGGUUAAACAAUAAUGCAAUCUGUUUAAAACUAAGAUCCAAGUUGCAAAGUGUAUAAUGUGAAUUACAGGUGCAUUGUUGAACCCUAAAUUUUCAAAUGUAAUUUGCACAAUGUAGAUGUAUUUCAAUUAGUGUUAGAUACAAUGUGCUUUCUGUAGUGUAGAUGAAUUUAUUUUUCUUGUUUGAUUGCUGUGCAAGAUUCUUCAUCUGGAAUUUGAAGACAAAGUUAUGCAAAAUUGUUUUUUUUUUUUUUGUGUGUUUUUUUUGAGGGGACAAUUGGUUGGUUUUACCUGAUGUGUGGAUAAAAAUGAUCAGAUUUGUGCUACCUUGUAUGUUUAAUACGUCUCAUAGCUUUUAAGGAGUGUCUUAGAAAAAUGAUCCGACUAGUACUUACAGAAUGUUAUGUGAAUUUCCUAGAAUCUGCAUACUGCAGCUCACAGACACUUUGAUUUUAUAAAGUAUUUAGCGACACAGGUAUUACACUCGCUUUUCCAUAACCUGAAACAAAGGAAAAUAUCCAAUAGAAAUUAACAUCGGUACUUUAGCCAGUAACAAACAUUUUUCUAAAUGCAAAUUAAUUUUCUUUUGUUUAAAGUCCAUUAUAUUGCAAUUGUUUAAUUACAUAAUAUUGUUAGGCUUAGUAUUUGGCAUUUGAGUUCUAUUGCUUAUGCAGUAUUUCAACAUGAGUAUGUAAGCAUUUGAUGAUCGAAAUCAGGAUGUCUGAAUUUUUAUUUUUAUUUUUUUGCUUUGUAUUUAACUGUACCUUGCUUAUGGACAUAAUUUAAAAAAAAGUGUCUUAUUAUUCACUUAGAUGUCAGGAUAAAAAGAAAUGGAGCAGAAAAAAGUCUGCUGAUGUUUAGAUAUCCUUGUCUGAUUAGGUUUAUGCAUUAGAUUUAUUUUGAGUUGAUUUUAUGCCUUAGUUAAAUAUUGGGGUUUGUGUCAAACAGGUAAAGAAGCACUUUGUCACUGCUUCAGUGUCUGAUUUUUAAAGGUCUAAACAGGAAAGUCUUAAGUUAAAUUUGAUGCUUUAAUUAUUGUUGCAUUUGGAAAAGUAGCAAUACUUUACUAAUUACCUAAGACUUUUUUUCUGUGCACAAAAUAUUAAUGUUUAACAAACACAUUGUGAAAAACGCACGUUAAGGAAGUUAUUUGUAUAUAGGUCUAUUGUUACUGAUUUCUGUCAAUUUCAGGUUGAUAUUUUGUUUGAGAAAACAAUAAAUGGAACAUACAAAAAC